AUGUCCGUUCUACUUCUAACGCCGGUCGUCGCUCAAGCCAUUCUCACUUGGCUCGUUCUCUUCAUUCUUGUCUCCUCCUUACCAACGGCGAACGCGUCUAUAUACCCAACCCAGCCAAUCGCAGCGACCGUAUACAACGUCGGCCAACCCGCCGUGCUCAAUUGGCGCUCAACACCCAAGGCGAAGGAGAUUCGAAGAUUCAAGGUAGAGCUCUUUGCUGGGAACCACACAUACAUAGAAACUCUCGCCAGAAACGUCCAUACUCAGUUACAAACGUAUAACCUUUACCUCUCGCCGCAGCUAAAAUAUGAGGGUAGUGAUUAUACUAUGCGUUGGAUAUCCGAGUCCGACCGGGAAAAUAUCGUCUACACUUCCCAUUUCACAAUUGCAGGCAUACCUGAUCUUCUCUCUCCCUCUUCCGACGCGUUCGCGAAAACCGCCGCAGCCACCAAACUCGCUCUCCAAGCCACAGCUACGCAGUCUGAGACUGGUGGUAGUCCUUCAUGUUCCUCAACCGGUGCAGCCUGUCCAGGAUCCACUGUGUACGCAAAUCCUUUAGAUACGACAGGCUCUGGUGACUCUCAUCCGUACUCUGCUGCCCAUUCACGCCGCUUCGAUGCUAGGCUCUUCUUUGUCCUCUGGCCGGCGAUAGUCGGAUUCUCGAUGGCUUUGUAA